CACACAUCUCUGUCAUCCGACCGCUCACAAUGUUGUCUAAUCAAACAGCUCAUAGAAAUCAGUCUCUCACACCUUCUGACGAAACGAAGCACCGAGGUGCAAAUCGGUCCACGAAGGUAGCAGGCAAGCUCAAAGUUCUCCCUGAACAACCGGAACCAGAGCCAGUCUCCGUGAAGAGAGAAAUGCUGGUACCAUCAAGGGUCAAGAAAGACAGGGAGGAUGGAUCUGCAAGCACUGCAGAAAGCGAGGAUGACGAAGGGGACGAUGAAGAAGAGACGGAGGAUGUCGAAGUGUACGACCAGAUUGCACGUAUACCCGCAGGAACUGCCCGCAGAGACGCCUUGAGACUCACAAAGAAAAAGGCAAGGUCUCUACCCCGAGUUACAGCAUACGCAACGGCAGGCUCAUAUGUAUCCCAAGAUCUUAUGAAGUUCUUCAACGCUCGACGGACGUCCUAUCACACGAAUCCACGCAUGAUCGAUGAUGUCGUAUAUACCCCUUACCUCUACGAUGUGCCUUCCUCCCCGACCGCAUCCCGCCAGUCGAAAGUGCGAUGGCAACCCACUGAAUCUCAAACAGGGGAUCUCCUCGGCGUUCCCGACUUACGCCCCGAGCCAGAGGCAGACAAUGCACAAAAAGGCAAGAAGAAGAGUAAAUUCGAUAACUCCGCAAGCGAGGCCGAAAUAUUUUUAUUCCCAUAUGGGACUGUCGUUAUCUGGGGCAUGACGGAAGCACAAGAAAGGCGUUUUUUGUCUUCGCUAAAACGUUUCGAGAUUGAGAAGCUAGCCCCGCAGGACGUCGAAAUGGAAGAUCUCAAUUUCUACUAUGCUAAUUACAGUCGGAUUUACAACGAUGUGAUCACACUGCGCAAGGGAUCGAGUUACAUGACCAAGCUUUCGCUAUCACACGCUCUGGCGCAAUCUGUCAAGAUUUCUCUUUUCGAGGAGCGAAUAUCGACUACUAUCGAGGAGACAAAAGACUACCCGGAGAUCAUCAGCGAAACAGGCAAGAUCGGUAUGCCUCAUAAGGAAAUCAUGAAGAAGAUGGGCGAGGUUUUUCUUUUGCGAUCUAAUAUUGCCUCUGUUGGAUCUGUCUUGGAUUCGCCAGACGUUUUCUGGACAUAUCCCGAUCUCCAGCCAUUAUAUGACGCUGCACGGAGCUAUUUAGAGCUCCCGCAACGUAUCAACCUCUUGAACACCCGCGUCGGAGUUUUGCAAGAUAUGCUGCAGCUUCUGAAAGAGUCCGUCUCAAGUCGCCAUUCGGAACGCCUAGAACAGAUCGUCAUCGCCCUCAUCGGCAUCGAGAUUGUUCUGGGUAUCGUUACAAUUCUCGUCGAUCUUUUUGCUUGACCUCGCUCCUUCUAUCUGACCGGAUUUUGCCUAAGCACAGUGGUUCUCCCGCACCCAUGUAACAUACACACAAGCAUCGUUUCGUCAUGGGUAUCUUCUACUAUUUUUACAUCACCUAUCGUAACUAGUCCAUCCA